AACGAUCGAUCUAGGUACUAUUGACCGCUACCUUGACGAAUAACAGACAUACAAGGAGGAACGUCACAGGUAUAUAGUGAUGGCCAGACGUACAGGCUCGAAGCUAGGACGUUGAAAGGGAUUCUAUUCCUCUUUCUCGCGGAUCAUCAUCAAUCCUUAGAUCCUCAUCGAAUCUGUUUAUUCAUCCUUUCUCCGACACCGUCAACAAGCUAGCAAUCUGUGGCCUGAUCAGGUUUAUACCUUUCCUCUGCGGCACGCUGGAAAGAUGACCUCAACCUCCCACUGGCUGAUGAAGGCCGAGCCCGAAAGUCGGCUCGAAAAGGGCGUCGACGUCAAGUUCUCGAUCGAUGACCUGAAAGAGAUGGGCGUCUCCCCCUGGGAUGGCGUACGGAACCACGAAGCCAAGAACUUCAUGAAGAGCCGGAUGAAGCUCGGGGACAAGGUCUUGUUCUAUCAUUCAAACUGCAAAACCCCCGGCGUGUACGGAACGGCGACAAUAGAGAAAGAAGGUUAUCCAGAUCAUACAGCAUGGGACGAAAAACACCCGUAUUUCGAUAAAAAGUCGAAAGAGAGCAAUCCUACGUGGUACAUGGUUGAUGUCAAGUACGAAUCUCACCUCGACCACCCGGUCACGCUAUCGCUCUUCAAGACGCUCGCUACGAGCACGAAUUUACCGGAUUGUGUAGGAUAUAUCGGCGAGGAAGGUUUGAAGGCGGUCAAGGGGAUGCCUCUGGUCAAUCGAGGUAGACUGAGCGUCCAAUCGGUCAGCGAGGAAGCGUACAGGACGGUCUUGCUCCUCGGUGAAAGGGGAGGAUGGGAAUCCCUCGAACCCAAGAAACGCAAGAGUUCCUUGAAACGACCUCCCGAUGCCCCGCAGGAGGAGGAGGACAAUAUCGGCAAGGCAGGGGCGAAAGAUAAAGAAAAGGCUGAUGGAAGCAGUAAUAGGAAGCCGUCGACGAGAUCGGGAAGGAAACGAGUGAGGAUCAGCGAGGAAGAGAGCGAGCUGUCGGAUUUGCCAGAAGACCGAAUACCGAAGUCUGCAUCGUCACCCGAACCCAAGGUUGGGUCUUCACACGUUAAAGGCGGGGCAAAGACCACAAGUUCGACGAACGAAAGGACAAGGAAAAGCUCGAAGAAGCAAUAAAACGCCCUCCUUUGACCUAUAGAUAUUUCGAUUUUGCCGUGUUCCCCUUAUGCCGACUCUCACACCGCAAUGCUCAAUUGCACUUCAUAAUCGUUGUAUAUGCUCCGUCGUGAAAUGUCAUACACCCACGUCCCCUAUGUCGCUGGU